AAAAUUAAUUACUUUUUUUCUCCUCCUCCUGCUAUCACUACUACUACUACUACUACUACUACUACUACUACUACUACUACUACUACUACUACUACUACUACUACUACUACUACUACUACUACUACUACUACUACUACUACUACUACUACUACUACUACUACUACUACUACUACUACUACUACUACUACUACUACUACUACUACUACUACUACUACUACUACUACUACUACUACUACUACUACUACUACUACUACUACUACUACUACUACUACUACUACUACUACUACUACUACUACUACUACUACUACUACUACUACUACUACUACUACUACUACUACUACUACUACUACUACUACUACUACUACUACUACUACUACUACUACUACUACUACUACUACUACUACUACUACUACUACUACUACUACUACUACUACUACUACUACUACUACUACUACUACUACUACUACUACUACUACUACUACUACUACUACUACUACUACUACUACUACUACUACUACUACUACUACUACUACUACUACUACUACUACUACUACUACUACUACUACUACUACUACUACUACUACUACUACUACUACUACUACUACUACUACUACUACUACUACUACUACUACUACUACUACUACUACUACUACUACUACUACUACUACUACUACUACUACUACUACUACUACUACUACUACUACUACUACUACUACUACUACUACUACUACUACUACUACUACUACUACUACUACUACUACUACUACUACUACUACUACUACUACUACUACUACUACUACUACUACUACUACUACUACUACUACUACUACUACUACUACUACUACUACUACUACUACUACUACUACUACUACUACUACUACUACUACUACUACUACUACUACUACUACUACUACUACUACUACUACUACUACUACUACUACUACUACUACUACUACUACUACUACUACUACUACUACUACUACUACUACUACUACUACUACUACUACUACUACUACUACUACUACUACUACUACUACUACUACUACUACUACUACUACUACUACUACUACUACUACUACUACUACUACUACUACUACUACUACUACUACUACUACUACUACUACUACUACUACUACUACUACUACUACUACUACUACUACUACCACUACUACUACUACUACUACCAUUUAA